AUGAAGCGUAUAAUCGUCUGCUCAUCCUCCCUCACCUACCACCCUAGGUUCUGCCUGAAGCCUUUCCUGCAACUUAAAGUGAUGUCUAAGCUACCAACGCGCAAGAUAGGCAACACGGACGUGACCGCUAUUGGGUAUGGCGCAAUGGGCAUAUCCGCUUUCUAUGGCCAAGUCCAAGCAGACGAAGAGCGCUUCAAAAUGCUCGACGCGGUAUACGAAUCCGGAUGCACCAACUGGGACACGGCCGACAUAUACGGGGACUCCGAGGAGCUCAUCGGUAACUGGUUCAAGCGCACCGGCAAACGUAACGAGAUGUUCAUAGCGACGAAGUUUGGCAACACGCCGGGCAGGGACAAGUUUGUCACGGGCGAUCCGGAGUACGUCAAAGAGGCUUGUGCGAAGAGCUUGAGACUACUAGGCGUUGAUCAGAUCGAUCUCUACUACAUGCACCGCGCGGAUCAGACAAUCCCUAUCGAGAAAACAGUCGGCGCGAUGGCCGAACUAGUAAAGGAAGGCAAAGUCAAAUACAUCGGUCUAUCCGAAGUCUCCGAAAAGACCCUUCGACGCGCACACGCCGUGCACCCCAUCGCGGCGCUGCAGAUCGAAUACUCCCCCUUUGUCCUCGACAUCGAGCGUCCGGACGUCGGACUGUUGUCUGCGUGUCGCGAGCUCGGCGUUGCGGUUGUUGCGUACUCGCCCCUCGGGCGCGGGCUGCUUACGGGGAGGUACAAGAGUCCUGACGAUUUCGAGGAGGAUGACUUCAGGAGGACAGUGCCCAAGUUCAGCAAGGAGAACUUCCCGAACAUUCUCAAGGUCGUCGACGAGAUCAAGGCUGUGGGCGACGCGCACGGCGCACCACCAAGCACGACGACGCUGGCUUGGUUGCUCGCGCAGGGCGAGAACAUUAUCCCUAUCCCCGGCACACGUAGCGUGAAGUACUUGAAGGAGAAUAUGGCGGCAUGCAGGCUGCAGCUCAAGCCGGAAGAGGUCGAAGAGGUCCGCAAGAUAGCGCAGCGCGCGGAGAAGGAGGUUAAGGGCGAUAGAUACGCACAACAGAUGAUGGGCACUACGCUCGCUGACACUCCCGAGCUCUGA